UAUACAUAUACAUAUACAUAUAUAUAUAUGCCUUUUGCUUUCUAUCAAGUAAAAUAAUGGAUGCUUCAACUAAAAAAAUAACGGCUCAAGAAGAUUCUUCAUGGCAUGAAGCACCUACACAAGGCCAACCAGUCGAGCCACAAAGUCGUAAAGUGAUCGUUGUCUUGGAAAAUGCUUCUUUAGAAGCAGCACGUUUGACUUCAUUUCGAUAUGAUUGUAAAAUGCAAUUACUCAAUUGUGAUGAACAUCAAUCCAUUUUGAAAAAGCUUGGUAGAGACAUUGCAGAUGCUCGACCCGACAUUGUUCAUCAAUGUCUAUUAACUUUAUUAGAUAGUCCAUUAAAUAAAUCAGGCCAUUUAGAAGUAUAUAUUCAUACAGCUAAAGGUGUUGUGAUUCGAAUCAAUCCAGCAUGUCGUAUACCGAGAACAAUUAAACGAUUUUCCGGGUUAAUGGUUCAAUUAUUGGAAAGAGGAAGUAUUUCAGGUGAUAUUGAAGGACAAAUGAAACUUUUAGAAAUUAUACCACCCCCUAUAACUCAAUAUUUACCAGAAAAUGCAAGAAAAAUUGCACUUUCAUGGAAUGCACCUAAAGUACGGCUAUAUAAAUUCUUUAAGGAAAUACCGGAUGGACAACCUAUUGUAGUUGCUGUUGGAGCAAUGGCAAAGGGACCUGAUACUUUUGCAGAUGCCUAUGUUGAUGAAAAAAUUGGUAUUUCGAAUUAUGCUUUAUCAGCUGCUGUAGCCUGCGGUAAAGUAUGCUGUACAUUUGAAGAUUUAUGGGAUAUAAUGUAGUUUAUCAUGUUAUAUAUCUUAAUUAUUUUCAGUUAAAAAUAAAGUUAUAUAUAUAGUAUCUAAUAUAAACUUGAGCUUUUA